CAAUCCGUUCCAAGAUCAAACUGAUAAAGCACCAAAGUGAGAAAAGGCAACAUACAAAGCAACAAAAAAAGUUUUUGCUUAAUAUUACUCUAAUUUGUUUAGUGAAAAACAAAAGCCAAUUAUGCCAAGCCUCACAUGUUAAGACAUGGCUCAUUAAAUGCUAUAAAAAGUUGCGUGGGUACAUACAUUUCCAAGCAACUCUUAACUGGAUUGUUUGUGUCACUGUUUUUGAAAUGCUUAAAUAUUAUUUUGUGGAAUAAAAGGGAACUCAAUAAGAUUGUAUAUGUGUACUGUUUUCUUAUUGCUCAUCUGUUGUGUGUAUUUGGCCUAGCCAGAAUUUGUGUUCUCAAAAGGCCAGCUCAGCACUAAUAGAGGAAAGAAGAAAGAGGGAGGGACAGAUCAUGGAGCGAGGGAUGACCAAGGAGGGUUGGAUUGAGAGAAUGGUCAAAAUAGUUCGACACUGAUGUGAAAGGGAAAGAUUCAGGGCUGCAUAUAAAUCUUCAUUGAUUUGCUUUUCUUCUUGAUAGUCAAAUUAGCUGUAACUGUUUUUGUUUUAUUUAUACUGAGACUCUUAAUUUUUCUAAAGACAACUUUAUUGCUCUACUAAACAGAUGUUAAUCUAGACCACACAGAGGGGAUCCCUGGAAAUUCAAACAAUUUUGUUUGUUGGAGAAGACGUGGUUUCAGAUGCAAAGAAUGGGAGGAUGAAACAAGGACGCCCCCUAAGAAUCCGAUUAGGAGCUAGUCAACAAUGACAAGUGUGCCUACUGUUUGGUUUGAAACAGACAAGGGUCUUUCCUCCUCACAUAAUUCUUCAUUUACUGGCUCCUGCAAUAUUGACGAGUCCUACAAGUACAUAUUCCUUCCUAUUUGCUACUCCUUUACCUUUGUCUUCAGCAUAAUCCUUAACUUUGUAGUUCUCUACCGUUCAUUUCGACGCACCAGGCGCUGGAAUGCUUCCCUGAUUUACAUGGUGAACCUGGCCACGACGGACUUCAUGUAUGGUUUGUCCCUGCCCUUUUUGGUUGCCAGUUAUGUCAUGCGGGACGACUGGGUGUUUGGAGACUUCAUGUGCCGUCUAGUGCGUUUCCUCUUCUACUUCAACCUCUACUGCAGCAUCUUCUUCCUCACUUGUAUCUCAGUGCACCGCUACCUUGGCAUCUGCCACCCCAUGAAGACCAUCACCUUGGAGACCAAACGAGCAGUAAAGGGGACUUGUGUUUUGGUGUGGAUUGCUGUUUUUGCACUAACAUGCCCAAUUUUUCGUUUUGCACAGACACAGUAUCUUCCACGGGAAGGUAAGGGCUCAAGGGAGGAGGUGUUCAAUAAUUGCUGGGACGACGCAAUUGAUAGAGAGUUCCAUGAUUACAUUCCUUACGGGGUCACACUUCAUUUCCUAGGGUUUUUUGUGCCUUUUACCAUCAUUGCCUGGUGCUACUCGCGAGUGGUGUUAACAAUAUUUCAGACACUGCACUCUCAACCUCCUCAGAGAAUCAGAAAUGGGACAGGGUGUGAAAGUGUCGAAGUGAUCAGUGGAGAGGGCAUGUCAAUCAUCUUGGGGGCUCAUUCUCCCUACAUCAACAGGCGGCGCAAGUCCAUCAAGACCAUCAUUACUAUCACUCUCCUCUUUGUCCUUUGCUUCUUCCCCUUCCAUGUCACUCGCACCAUUUUCCUACUGCUGAAAGUGACGAGUAGGGUGCAGUGCCACACCAUGCGCAUGGUUUCCAUGUGUUAUAAAAUCACCAGACCGCUGGCCUCGUUCAAUGCGUGGCUGAAUGCACUGCUUUAUUUUCUUACUAAAGAGAAAAAUGCGCCCUGCUGUCAAAAACCUGAACAUGCCCAGCAUGGCCUGCUAUGGCCACUUAGGAUGCUGGGAAAAGGAGAGGAAGAGGAGAAUGAAGUUGAGGAGACAAGGAACCACAAGGACAAUGGGUCAACAGUUGAAAACAAUAUACAGAGGUCUACCUUAAGGAAUGAGCAUGUAAACAAGUGAAACUGGUGGACCUGGCUUUAUAUGGGAUUCAUUUGAAACAAAUGGAUGUUUUUGUUAUAAUAUCUGUAUAUUGUUUUUGUAACUCUGUGUAUUCACAUUAAACAUGGAGGAUCUUGUUGUUGUGUCUUUUCAAGACCCCUUACAGAUUGUUUUACUUUUUGAUUGAUUGGAUGGUUAAUUAGUUCUUGUAAAAAAUAUAUUAAGUUUAAUAUUGAUUUAGUGUAUAAUAAUUGCAAAAACACAUAGAAUAAUAAUCUAAUUCAUAGGGUGUCUCAAGUUUGCAGUUUUUGGCAUACCUCAGGGUGGACACAUUAUGUGCAGGAACUAUGUUUAGUGCUGUCAUGGAUUAAUAUGUCAUGUUGUGAAUAAUUAAACUGUUUUAAUAAACAUGUUCUGUACCUGUUUAAUUGAAAAUCAAAUUAUGACUGUGAUCUUUUAAAAUCGCUAUACAUUAUUAAGCACUAUUUCAGAUUUUCAUGUCUUUGUGUGAGUAGAGUAUAUAAAUGUGUUGUAGAAUAAACUUC